AUGGCCAAGAGACCCGCAGACGCUUCCGAGCAGGAGUUGGAGGCCAUCAAGAAUGGCGACCGGCCCAUGGAGCUCGACCAGGACGAGGUGGGCGAGUUUGAGGACGAGUUCGAGGAUGAGUUCGAAAGUGAGGACGAGAUAUACGAGGCCGGCGUAGAUGGACGACCAGACGAUGAGCGGGAGGCAGAGGAAAGAGAACACGCCAUGGAAGUGGAUCAGGGCACCUUCAUCCCCGGCCGGCAUAAGCUCUCUGCGGGAGAGACACUCGCACCAGACCUGUCUACGUACGAGAUGCUGCAUACCCUAGAAGCACCCUGGCCGUGUCUUUCCUGCGACGUCAUUCGCGACAACCUGGGCAACGACCGGAGGACGUAUCCUGCCACUGUCUACGCGGUCGCCGGAACGCAGGCGGCGCGGGGUAGGGAGAAGGAGAACCAGAUCAUGGUCAUGAAAAUGAGCAGUCUGUCCAGGCAGGAGCGGGAGGAUGACGAAGACGAGGAGGAGUCCGACGAAGAGGAGUCAGAUCCGAUACUGGAGACGAAAUCAAUACCCAUGACCAGCUGCACGAACCGCAUACGGGCAUUCCAAUCCCCUCAGGCGACCGCCGGAAGACCUCCAACCACGCUGACGGCAGCUAUGACGGAGUCAGGCCAGGUUCUCAUACACGACAUAACACCCCAUCUGACCGCUUUCGAUGUGCCCGGUUCUGUCAUCUCUCCCACGCAGAACAAGCCCGUCUCUACCAUUCGCGCACACAAGAAUGUCGAAGGUUUUGCGUUGGACUGGUCACCUAUCAUACCCGAAGGGAAACUCUUGACCGGCGACGUAUCGGGCAAGAUCUUUGCGACCACACGUACUCAGGGGGGAGGCUUCGUCACGGAUACCACUCCCUUCACCGGGCACCAGGGCACAGUUGAGGAGCUUCAAUGGUCGCCUACGGAGAAGCAUGUCUUUGCUUCCGCCUCCAACGACGGCACAGUCAAGAUCUGGGAUGCGCGGUCAAAGUCUAGGAAACCCGCCGUGAGCGUACAGGUCUCCAAGACAGACGUGAAUGUCUUGAGCUGGUCACACCAAACGGCACACCUCUUGGCUUCCGGCGCUGACGAUGGCGAAUGGGCUGUCUGGGACCUGCGACAAUGGAAGCCUUCAACGUCCUUGAGCACAGAGAAGAAGCCGUCGCCCGUUGCGAACUUCAACUUCCAUAAGGAACAGAUCACUGCCGUCGAGUGGCAUCCGACCGAUGACAGUAUCGUGCUUGUCUGCGCUGGUGACAACACCUUGACGCUAUGGGAUUUGGCGGUCGAACUGGACGACGAGGAGAGUCGGGAUACGGCGGGCGUUCAAGAUGUCCCUCCGCAGUUGUUGUUCGUGCAUUACAUGGAGCAGGUGAAGGAGGCGCAUUGGCACCCGCAGAUUCCAGGCACCAUCCUGGCGACGGGUGGAUCUGGAUUUGGGGUCUUCAAAACAAUCAGCGUGUAG